AUGAUUCGUAACUUGCCAUUAAUAUCUCUAAUAGUUUUGUCAGUGAUUGUCGGGAUAAUACCUAUACAGCAUCAAUUGCGAAAUGAUGGGGAUAUAAAAAGGAAUGGGGUAGAGGGAUCGCCAUUGAAUGAGUGUUUGAGUGCGCCUGACAGGGUAGAAGUGGGGGUGUGUUUCGGUAAAGAGUUGCUGUAUAAACUAAAUGAUUACGAUGAAACUGAUUCCUUCAGUUUGACGACUGGUGUCACGUUUAUACGAGAUGAGAAGCUGCCCAGGGAUAUUGGGAGCUUUCUGGAUAAGGACCCUUUGGAUUUCCGAUCGAUUAUAGAAGAUGCCAGUGGCCUGAUUUCUAAGCGUUCAUUACACUGGGACCUCGGGAAGGUCUACCCAGGUCUGGCGAUGAAAGUAGGACCGACGCUAGCCAAUGGAGUUCUUGAGUUUGUUCUGGACCCUCGAGUCAAAGACAGAUCGUAUCAGCUGGGUCAAAUGACCACAGGUCGUCUGCUAACACGAAACCUACUCCUACCAUUCCUGUUGGGUAUCAAGUUCCAUAUCGCCACAUUACUGCCUAUACUACUGGGCCUUGUAUUGCUGGCAAGCAAAAAGGCUUUCCUAUUGGCUAAAAUAGCUCUCUUCGCUGUGACGCUGUUCACAACCAGUGGUUCAAACUAUACCGGCGAGCAUAGCUUCUUUGAAAGUUAUAUAAACCCUGAAUCAUCCUCAUCUUCGUCUGCGAGUGAACAUAAUGGAUAUCACCAUAACUACCAUAGUUCUGGUGCAGGAGGUUACUACAAACACCACCACCCAACCGAGGAUCACAGCGAACGUUACUAUUACAAAGAGAAAUCUGACGUGUCAGACUCCACAAUCUCACCUAUAACCCCCGGCGAGCUAAGAGACAGACUAGCGAAAUUGUUCAUAACCAAAAGCGACAACAUUAAUUCUCCAAGGGAAGACGUUAUAAACGCAAGAAAUUAUGCGUGGACACCUAUCAAUGGUGGAUGAAUAAGGUGCAAGAGACGGUUCUGCCCGCGAAAUUCAAAUUUAAUUUGGUUUUUCGCAAAUUUGUAAAUAAACACGACAAAGUAGGCUUAUGGCAUUCUAAUUUCGACAAUGGCAGUAUCAUCUUCACAGGAUUACA